AUGGCCAAAAAUCUCUUCUCCGUGCCCAUUUUCUUCAUCGUCUUCCGCGAGACUCUCGAGGCAGCCAUUAUCGUCUCAGUGCUCCUCGGUCUCGCCGAGCAAAUCGUGCACAGUGAACAUGGGUCUGCCACGACAACGACCACUAGGGACUCAGACGACAAAGCCAGCACCCAGGGCUCAGCUGAGGCCGUCGACGACGCAGUCCAGAGGCGCCGCCUCAUUCGUAAACUACGCAUUCAGAUUUUCUUGGGAGCAGGUCUUGGCCUCUUCAUCGCAUUGGCAGUUGGAGCGGCAUUUAUAGCUAUAUGGUUCACGAAGGCUUCAGACCUUUGGUCCAAGUCUGAGGAAUUAUGGGAAGGGAUUUUUGAGCUCAUCGCAUGCAUUGUCAUCUUCAUUAUGGGCAUUACGAUGUUGAAGAUGGACAGGGCCAAGGCCAAAUGGCGUAUCAAGCUCCAACGCGCCUUCGACGGCAAACGCGUCGACGGCAAAGCCGAAACUGGCAAAUGGGUUCUCUUCUUCCUUCCCUUCAUUACCGUCCUCCGAGAAGGCCUCGAAGCAAUAGUCUUCGUCGGUGGCGUCUCCCUCGGCCAACCCGCGACCGCAAUCCCCAUCGCCGCAAUCGUCGGCAUCCUCUGCGGUCUCGUCUGCGGGUUCAUCAUCUACGAAUUUGCCAGCAGGACCACGCUCACCAUAUUCAUGGUCGCAAUGACCAACUUCCUCCUCCUCAUCGGGGCGGGGCUGUUCAGCAAGGCCGUCGGCGCUUUCGAGAAGCACGGGUUCAACAAACUCCUCGGGGCCGAUGUGGACGACGCACAGGGCGACGGCCCCGGGUCGUACCGCGUGCAGGGCAAUGUGUGGCACCUCAACUGCUGCAACCCGGAGAACAAGCUCGAUAGCCAGGGAUGGACGAUAUUUAACGCAAUCUUUGGGUGGACAAAUAGUGCGACGAUUGGUACGGUGCUUUCCUAUGUGUUCUACUGGCUCGCGGUCAUCGUCGUGCUCGUCUACAUGAAAUUUACCGAAGGUCGCACCAAACUCCUCGGACGCGAGUCCGAAGCCGGGACCCGCAGGCGACGCGCGCGUGCAAAAAAAGAAGAGCAGGUGCCCACGGAUAACGGAGACGACACCAAGGCUAGAGAGCCACAGGAGAACGAGGAAGUUUCUACGCUGCCUCGUUAA